UAUUGGUGCCCGCGAUAUUGUAUGCUACUGUGUUUAUUUCUAAAAGGAAAAAUAUUCAUUACGAUAUAUAACAGUUAUAAAGUUAAUAUUGUAACUUGAAUAAUUAUGGAUGAAAUUGACAACACACAAAUCAUCGUUAUAGCAGAUGAUAUUUGUGAAAGAGCUGGUAUCACAACAACUUGGAUAAACAACAAUAGGUUUGGGAUACAUGCAUACAAACAUGUAAACGAACGAUCACAAGAUACUAAAAGCCAAUUUGCACCCUGUGAUGUCAGAGUACAUUUUCUUCGGCCAGAAGUAAUAUUAUUUUCACCACUUUUACGUAAAUUGGUUAAUGAAAGCAAUGGAGUUUUUCUGUCAGUUCAAAAGAUUAAGUCUACUUCUGGUGACAGAAGACCAGAACUUCUUAAACACAGUAAACAGUAUAGAUCUAUUUUGAGAGCUUGUGUAGAAAAUUUACAAGAUAUUUUACCCAAGGAACCAUUGUCAGAAGUAAAAGUCACUCUAGAAAAUUUUCUUACUAUAUUUUACCAAGUAGAGUGUAUCUGGCACUUAACAGAAAUUCUUUAUGUUGAUGCAGUACCAGGUGAUGUUGUACUGCCACAGUUACUAGAAUGGGUUAGUUUUCAUUUUCCCUCGAGAGAACUUGAGGCAUUAAAAAUCUUGUCACAAAAAACCAUUGGUGCUGAUUUAGAGAACUCAAAUUACUGGAAAGUUGUAAUAGGCUGUGCAUUCCAUGGCAAAUUAAAUUUAGUUUGCCGCCUUCUAGCCAUGCACAGCAAGGCUGACCAUUCAGCGUUUAUUACUGCAGAUAAUAUCAUUAGAAGUAUGCCAAUAUACAAUGUUUAUGGCGGAUAUUCCGUUAAUGAAUUUAUCAUGCGGUGGAAACAUUGGCAAAUGGAUCUCUCUUCCAAUCUAGAGACGAAUUGCUUUGUUAUAGAUAACAAUCUAGAGAUGCUUAUGAAGUUAAUAGCAGGAGACGAAUCGGUGUUCUGGGAAUAUUCCAUGUAUACGGAAGCAUGGUAUGAAUUACUAGCGGCUAAAUUAUUCUACUCAGCACCUUGCUGCAAACAACAGGAACUUUCACGCUACGCGAACAACAUUGCCGAAAGAUGGCAAGCAAAUAGGCACUUGGACCGCAUGAUACUCGCUCUAAUGGAAAACGAUCUGCAUCAAGUCAUCAAGGAAAUACAAUACAUGAACGAUAAUGGUUGGUUCGCGGCACAUCUAAUGGAUCUCUUGUUCAAAUGCGGAAAAUUGACUAUUUUGAACAAAGAGAAGACUAACAUGACCGAAAAGCUUCACGAGUCUCUCGUGUUAGAGUACGGGACCACACUAAUGGGUCAUCGCUCGUUAUGGCAAUGCGGUGCGAGUUACUUGGUGCACUGCCCUGUGCAGGGUUUGGCCAGAUUGGAGAUUUUGUUGCAGUCGCUACCGACCGGCACUGAAGCAAGAGUCAACAAGAUCAUCGACAUCGCGCAAGGCAACAACAUGCCUCACGUUGUUACCAGUAUAUGCAAAAUUCAGGGGAUGAAGAGUAUAAGGCAAGGUAGACUGGGCAACGCUCUCACUUGGGCACUCAAGGCACAUGACGGUAAUUUCACUACGUACAUCGCGGAUGAAUUUCUCAAACAUUACGCGGAACACGGAGAACUGGAGUGCCGGGAUCUACUGGAGAAUCUAGGCUCUUGCAUGCUCGCCAGCGAUAGACUUACGUUUUUAGGAAAAUAUUGUGAAUUUCAUCAGAUGUACGGAAUUGGCGAAUUUCGAGAAGCAGCGAGUUUAUUGGUGUCCCUUCUGGUUUCGAACCUGACACCAAAAUAUUUUUGGUCCAUUCUCUUGACAGAUGCUAUACCAUUAUUAGAAGCGGAAGAUGUGAUCUUCUCAUCUAACGACUGCUACGAGUUAUUGCGUUGCGCGGAAGCUCACGGCGACGAUCCGAAAUUCCAAGACAAAGUCUCGAUCUUUCGAUUAGGCGUCGCACGGAACCUGGCGCGAGCUCUGAGCUUAGAAGGUUGCCAGGCUGAACAUUGAUGUCAUGCAUUAUUGUGCUGGUUUCUAUUUUCCAUUAUAUUGAGCAACAUCAAUAUCUUUCUAAAUAAAGCUUUAAUUGUUUUUAUA